GCUCAGAAAGAAGAAGAAGCAGCAUAGGCUUCAUCAUCAUCAUCAAUGCUCGGGGCUCGACCGUUGCUCUCAUCACGGCGCAUUCAGGCAGUUCAGCUAAAUAAGUGACGCCCCAUAUUGCAAUGGUUACACCGCCGAUCUGUUCUUUCACAGUAGACACGCCGGAGCUGCAAUGAAGGCAGGGGCCUCGUCCAUGUGGGCUUCAUGCUGUGGUCUGCUGAAUGAAGUCAUGGGUACUGGGGCCGUCAGAGGCCAGCAGCCAGGGUUUGGGGCCGGCGCUGGACCCUUCAGAUUUGCCCCCAGUGCGGGUUACUCCACAUACCCGCCCACCAGCUCAGGGAGUCCCAGUCUUGUAUGCAAGGCCUGUGGUCAGGCCUUCUCAGUCUUCAGGAGGAAGUAUAUCUGCUCCGACUGCAAGAAGAGCUUCUGCUCUUUGUGCUCCGUGCUUCAGGAGAAUCUGCGCAUUUGUGCCACAUGUCAUUUGCUGAAGGCAACAGCCUUUCAGCGGCCGCGGCUCAUGCGCCUACGAGUCAAGGACCUGCGUCAGUACUUGCUGCUCCAUAACAUCCCCACCGAUACCUGCAGGGAAAAAGAAGACCUGGUGGACUUGGUGCUCUGUCACCAAGGCAUUGAGGAAGAGGAGGACCCCGACACGGGCAGUCUCCACUCACGUUCCCUGUAUACGCCGACCCCUUCUACCACGCAGUCUGCCUCAGAGCUGUCUACUUUCGUCGCCUCUCAGGAGGAGCCGCUCAGCAGGAGUGAUAGCUCUGAUACCAACCAGGAUAUAGGUGAUGCCACAUCUGUGUCUCUCCUCAACUUGGACCCCAGUGAAACCACUCCUGAGGUCAGUCCUCAGACGCAACGUCGGGCCAGAGCGUCUCUCUCGGACAUCUCCAGCUUGAGGGACAUCGAGGGCCUGUCUGUCAGACAGCUAAAGGAGAUACUGGCUAGGAACUUUGUCAACUAUUCAGGGUGCUGUGAGAAAUGGGAGCUGGUGGAGCGUGUCAGCAGACUGUACAGAGAGACAGAGGAGAAUAGGAAAUCAUUGGAAAAUGUGAGCAGCACUGUCACCACAGUGGUGGCCUUCCCCCCUCCCAUCUGCAAUGGUGCCAUCGGAGAUGGUGAGAAGGGUCCACUGACGAUCCACGACGACAACCUCUGCAGGAUCUGCAUGGACGCUAUGAUUGACUGCGUUCUGCUGGAGUGCGGUCACAUGGUCACCUGCACCAAGUGUGGCAAGAGGAUGAACGAGUGCCCAAUCUGCAGGCAGUACGUCGUGAGGGCCGUUCACGUCUUCAAGUCCUAAUGCACCACUGCAAAACCGCGGCCCCUGCUUCAGAGCAGCAGCUCAGACUGAGACUGUACCUUAAAUCAACCAUGCAGCUCAUAACCUUUGAAUCCCCAAAAGACUUAUUGUGGAUGUUCCAUGUUUGUAUUCCCUAAAUUCUCACAUUAUUUGCACAUUGAAAUAUUAUGAGAAAUGUGUUUUUCUUAAGAAUUUGACUCUUCAGUUUCACCAGUGGGCAGAGUGUAGAAUCGUACCCUCCUAUGAGUCAUUCCUCAAGUAAACAUAUCUCUAAUCUGUGUUCAUUCCUAAGUGUCUGUUUUUCUUGUCUUUCAAUUUUGUUAAAAACAAAGAAUGUGUGGCACUCAGCCACGUGCAGUCUUGUUAAACACAAGUAAUCCCCCUCAGAUCUGCCUAUAAACUGUAGCUGGUACUCAGCUCUGCUGAGUAUUCUUAAGAGCACCUCUCUUUACAACUGCUGCAAGUGACUACAUAUCUUAGUAACAUAGAGUACAGACACAUACUGAACCUCACCACAGGAGAGAGGGGGUGGGUGAACUAGGUGCCAAAUAACGGGUCAUGCCUUUAUGCUUCUCACCCAUUUUUUCCCCUCGACUGUGUGGGCCAGUGUGUGGCUGCUUUAACAGAAAGCACUUUGUUCACACUGUGUAAAUGCACCAUUGCUCACAACCCAGUGCAAACUAUGACCAGUAACGGUGGCUGAGGUGUACUAAUUCUUGAAUACUUCUCCAAACUUAAGCUUGACUGAUGGAGUUUGGAAGGCCACUAACUUUGUUUAGGUUGGUGGAAAAAGCUAAUUAGAAAUCAUUGAGCUUGUUUUCUUUUCAAGUUAAACUUGGUGUUACCCAGCCCACAAAUGAGCAGGUGCUCUGCCGUUGUGAUCAGAGGAUAUUUGUGAUUGAUAUGGGUGAUUUAUGAUGAAGUCGAUCGAUGCAUUAUCAAUUUUAUUAUAUUCACUUAUUUUGUUAUAGAAGCGCUUAUUGUAAUGCAUUACACGUUUAAAUGGUCAUACAAAGUGUCAUUACAGCAAUAGCUAACCUCCGCUGUCACCUCUGUCCUGUCUCAGCACUUUAAUGGAGACAAAAGACAAAAACCGGUGCUAACUCAUCCAACCAUCUUCCCUGAUUUCCAGCUGAACUGUGGAUGUUAAACUCUGAAUGUUUUUAUUUUUAUUGUUGUAUAUUGUUGGGAGUGGAAUGAAGUGUCUUAAUGCAGUUUAGUUGAUUUUCUCUCAUGUAGGAGUAAUGUAUUGAACUAUAUUCAAAGCUAGAUAUAGCUAUGAGUUUACUGACAGCUGUGGUAUAGAAAGUAUAUAGAAAUAAUGACUUGCUAAUGUACAUUUGCAUAUAUUGAUCCAUAUGAGAUGUAUAUAUCUAUAUUUUUUUCCAUUUGAUUUAAAUUGUGUAAUAUCAGAGUUUUGAAAUGUCCCUGGGAUUGGGUUAGUUUAUUAUUACAGAAUUACGUUUUCCUGUUAAGUGGUUUAAAAUGUGUUUAAUCUGCAUAGGUUUGCUUGAACUAUCUGUCCCUCUUGAACUAGAGCAUGACAAGAACCUGGUUAUGUUAUUCCCCAUCUUCUCCACCUAUAAAACUCAAUUUCUUAGUUUUCUUUUCCCGUAAUCCUACUCAUUUAGAAGUAUCCAGCUCUCUACUGUACCCACACAAAGUCAACAUUGCUGCUAUUACAGUAAAGCUGUCCCCUACAAUCAUGAACAGUAGUGGAGCAGGUUGCACUUUUCUUUAAGAGAGGGUGUAAUUGUGUACAAGGUUUGGUCUUUGUAUUUGGGAAUGUUGAACUUUUUAUUUUGGUAAUUAAAGAUUUUAAUUCAA